AUGCUGGGGUUAUUGCUUUUGGCUUUUUCGAAUGCGAACAUUUUCCUAUUGCCAAGUACAAAUAGUAUCAACCCAAGAGCAACAUUGAAAUCUUGCUGUGUUAUUUUGGGUGCCAGACCCUUGGCUGGUAGGCAGAAUAUUGCAGACUUUGGAAUAAAUUUUCUUGGCUUUCACCACUUAUAUAUCAAUAUAUUUGAAAGAAGUUCUCAAUUCGCCUUGAUUGAAGGAGGUUAUGUGGGCGAAAAUAUGCCGUAUAAUACAAUAUCCUGGGCACUCGAAAAACAAAAUGACUGGGAGCAUCAGGGCUAUCAAUGGCUGCUGAAUUCCAACCGAUGUCAGGAACUAAUUAGCUGUCUUCGUAAGAAAACAUAUAUUUACAACCGAGCGCAUGUCUCCUAUCAUUUUUUAUACGGUCCCAAUAGUAAUUCAUUCAUAUGGUGGGUUCUUAACGCUUGUGGAAUUGAUAUUAAGCCACAAUAUCGGCAUUUUCCAUUUACUGGUAUCGACUAUUUCCAGCGACAUAAAGCAUGGGAAUCAAAUUUUCCACUGUUAGCUAAUCUUUCCAUACAGUAG